AUGGCGUCGAGCAAGAAGAGUGGUUCGCAAAGAUUUGACAAAAGUGUUAAUGGCAGACGAUCGUCCAAGUUUAAAGAAAGUCCAGUGGUCAUGGACACUAAGGCAGUGUUCGCAGCCCUGUACAGUGUGUGCGAGGAGAAUGCCUCCUUCUUCUCUGGAGGGGCCAAGGGGUCCCAGGGCGAUGCAGCGCGGAGGCUUGUAGAAGUCAUGAAGCUGAUUCAGGAGCACGCUCGCAGCCUGGAACCUGUCAUUAUUGGCUUUUCCUCUGUCUAUCAUCAUUUUGACUUUGAUCCACACAUACCUGCAAACGGUUACCGCUCUCUUGUCAAGGUAGUGAGGUGCUGCCUUCUGCACAUCAUCCACAAGGGGCGCUACAUUACUGUCAAUAGGCGCAGUAUCUUCUUUCGAGCUGCACACAAUGCUGGGGAGAUGGAGGCCUAUUGCAACGCACUCUGCCAGCUGCGUGCCCUGCUGUACCUGGCCCAGCGCAUGCUUCAUGACAACAGCCAUGGCAACCUCUUCUUUCACGACGAAAGUGGCCUUAGUGAGAGCUUUGUUCGAGAGUACGCAUCAAUGCACAAAGGCUGCUUCUACGGCCGCUGUUUGGGCUUUCAGUUCACCCCAGCCAUUCGGCCAUGUCUACAGACCCUUGCUAUUGGGCUUGUAUCAUUUGGCGAAAACUACAAGAAGCACCAGUCUGGAAUAGUGGAGUCAGGAGGUAUUGCACCAUACGGAGUGGCAGCCAGUUCCUUCUUUACCUCUGGGAAGUAUGCAAUCGACCCCGAUUUGAGAGGGGCAGAAUUUGAGCGCAUAACCCAGAACUUGGAUGUUCAUUUUUGGAAGGCCUUCUGGAACAUAACAGAGACUGAGGUCUUAUCUAGUCUGGCCAGUAUGACAUCCACAACUGUCAAGGUGAACCGUGCCCUCUCCGUGCCCCCUAUCCCCUUUGACCUACCCCUGGCGACCAAUCACAGAGUUUCAGUAACCAUCGCUCCUCCGUCUGCACACAUCGGCUCAUCCCCAGUUCAGAUGAGGCUCCUUUCAUACGACCUGCGUGAAGGACAGGACAGUGAGACGUUGCUGUCUUUGUCCCGCUCUGAAGGCGGCGCGCUCUCACUGUCACUCGGCUUGAAGACCAAGAGACUGCCCUCGUCUCCGUGUCUCCUGAUACAUUUUCAUGGUGGAGGUUUUGUCGCUCAGACAUCAAAGUCUCACGAGCCCUAUCUGAAGAGCUGGUCCCAGGACCUGGGUGUGCCCAUCCUCUCUGUGGAUUAUUCUCUGGCCCCUGAGGCUCCUUUCCCACGGGCCUUGGAGGAGUGUUUCUAUGCAUACUGCUGGGCUCUACGAAACCACCAUUUACUGGGGUGGACUGGAGAGAAAGUGUGUCUGGUUGGAGACAGCGCUGGAGGGAACUUGUGUGUGACAGUAUCGAUGCGAGCGGCUGCAUUUGGUGUGCGGAUGCCAGAUGGCAUCGUAGCAGCCUACCCAGCGACCCUGCUGACGGCCUACGCAUCACCCUCCCGUCUGCUCUCACUUAUGGAUCCCCUGCUGCCUCUCAGUGUCCUCUCCAGGUGCCUCAGCGCCUAUGCAGGAAAUGAGCCACAAGCCGAGAAGCAAGUGGAGAAAGCCAGCACUCUGAGCAUAGUGAGGAGAGACACUGCACUGAUGCUCAGAGACUUCCGACAGGGAGCAUCCAACUGGAUCCACUCUCUGCUGGAUUCAAACAAAGCCUCCAUUGACUCCCCUGCGUCUGCCGAGGCCCCUGCGUCUGCCGAGGCCCCUGCGUCUGCCGAGGCCCCUGCAUCUGCUCAGCCAGCAUUCUCUGACUCUGUGAGGAAGAGCAUCUCUGAGGCAGUGAUCUCGUCUCCUCAUGCUGACCCUCCGGUGCCCUCCGAGAACUCAGAAUUCUCAACCAGGAAGUUAUCAGUGAAGAGCCAGACGUGCCAAAACCUGGGGUCCCACAACGGUUGUGUUUCCGAAAGUGCAUUGAGUGUUUCGGAUGAGCCUAUUGUAGACGUUAGUUUUUACCUUUCGAAAGAGGAAGAUCAUUUGAUGGCCGCUGACCUCUCCUCUGUGGCUAUACCACCACCUGCUGGUGAGGAGGGCUCUGAGUCAGAGCACUCACGGGAGUUUCCUCUGGGCUUUGAGCCUCUGCGUUCAGAGCAGCUGGCAGAGAUGAGGCUCGACAGCUCUCCUGUGGUCAAAGAUCCCUUCUGCUCUCCUCUGCUAGCACCAGAUCACAUGCUCAAAGGACUGCCUCCCGUUCACAUAGUCGCCUGUGCUCUGGACCCAAUGCUGGACGACUCUGUGAUGUUCGCCAAGCGCCUGAAGAACAUUCAGCAGCCUGUCACGCUGUGUGUGGUGGAUGACCUGCCGCAUGGUUUCCUCAGCCUCUCGCAGCUCUCCAAGGAGACUCGAGAGGCUGCCAGUGUCUGUGCUGAGCGAAUCCGCGCAGUCUUCACACAAGACACACCCCCAGAGCCACGCAAGCACCGCAAGCUAGAGCGGACCGAUAGGGGUUUCUCUACCUCCUCUGGGGAGUCCAAUGCACUGUUUGUAAACUGUAUUAAUGAAGCGGGGGAGGCCAUGGGGAAAGGAGGGAAAAUGUCUGAUUCAGAGGACUUGGUUGCUGUGGCAACCCAGAACAACACUGAGGAUGGUGGGAUUGGAGCCUAG